CGUAGCAGGAUAGGACUCGGGGAAGAGCUUGCUCAUACCCACACACUCCCAGGUUUCUCUCUCGCCGGCGAAUAUCUCAGGUGCGUUUCCGGUCACAUUUUCGUCUUCAUAUCAGGAGCUUCACUAUUCGGCGCUUCCUCAGGCGAUGUUCAUUCCUUCUUUCUUUGUCUCUCCGGUUGUGUUUUUUCCCCCCAAUCUUUUGUCUUGCUGGUGUUGUUCAUCACAUUGUCAGAUUCUAUUUCUUCUAUUUGUUCUUACAGGUUGUGGUUGUUCACAAUUAUCAAAUCACACUUCAGACUCUAUUUGCUCUCUGCUGCCUCCAGUCACUUCUCAGGACAUGGCUUGUCAAGUGAGAUGUAUGAUUCCGCAGCCAGGAUUAUCAACUUCAGAGAAUGAAUGCCCUGAUAAAUCCUGUAUAAGUGUUGCAACUUACAGAAUCCAAAGCUGGUGCAGUGAGCCAAGCUUUUCUGGACAAGCUCUAAAAGUCGGCACCACAUCAUUUGUGCAUGGCUGUUUCCUGGUAAGAAGGUUGGGAUGGAAAAUAGCCUUUGCCCUGAACACAGGUGGAGUGCCAGGUAAUGGCGAACAACAAAGCCUCAAUGAUGCUAGUUCCGGUUUUGGCAGCACACGAUUGGGUAGGAUUCUGACAGCAGGUGGCGGACAACUACUAGAAAAACUGAACUCAGCCAGAAAGAAUUUCCCUAUGAAGAUAUUCCUGCUUCUUCUAGGUUUCUACACAGCAAAUGCACUGGCUACAAUCCUUGGGCAGACCGGCGACUGGGAUGUUCUGGUUGCCGGUGUUGUGGUGGCUGCAAUUGAGGGGAUUGGCGUGCUCAUGUACAGAAAACCUUCUACCAUGAGGACUGGGAGGUUGCAAUCUUUUGUGACGAUGAUGAACUUCUGGAAAGCUGGAGUGUGCUUAGGUCUCUUUGUGGAUGCUUUCAAGUUAGGCAGCUAAAGAUUCCCAAAGCUUGUCUCUCGCCUUCUAAUUUACCGUUGCAUCAUAUAGUAGCCUAAUGCAGCAUCUUCAUUCAUGAAUCUAUGGUAAGCCUCAAGUUUGGCCCCAUUUCUCCUCUAUUUGCCUAGUUUUAUAUAUGGUGUACAUUUAUUGUAACAUAUGAAUACAAAUUAUAAGACGUUUGCUUAAUAAAUGUGAAGUACAUCAAACACGAAGGAUGAGUUAUUA